AUGGCGCCGUUCUUACAAUGGUUCGGCCCAGCGAUUGUGGCCGCGCACCUUCAAUUGAUCCGGCACAUGAUCCGGACGCACUUCAACUCCCUCCCUCUCGCAGCCCACAAGUUAGAGGUCUACGCCGCUCUCGCGGCAGUUAGCGUACUCUCAAGUGCGGUUUUCACGUACAUUCCGGGAUCGAAGCGACCCAAAGCCACAACUCUCCUCUUCUUGGCUGCUUACGCGACCGCCCUUCCUGCCCUCGCUCGGAGUGGGCGCUGGCUCGCCGAGUUUGCUGGUGAACUGGGACCCGAGUGGGGCGCGGUUUUUGUGCAGGUCGUCCUCUGCGCGCCUGUUGUUGCGCUGAUCUUCCCCCUCUGCGCACCCCCCGUUACACGCCAGGGUGCUGUGCGACCGUUCAUUGCGUUUUGUGCGUACGCUAUGCCCGUCAGCAUCCUCGCUUGGGUCAGCGACACCAUGGAGAGCAACGAUACCAUCUACCGCGGGUUGGCUGACGAGCCCGAACUCGGUAUGCUGGGCAUGUGCAUGAUGCUCAACUCGAUCUCGGUCGUGUAUCUCUGGGUUCCCGAGGAGGUUGUUGCUCCCGCUGCUCCGGCUGAGCCGGCAGCGCCGGCGCCGGUCAAGGGCAGCGACACCGUAGACGCCGCCCUCAAGAAGGGCAAGAAGGGCAAGAAGACGGAGAAGGCAGAGAAGAAGGAUGAGCAGCCGCCGACCGACAGGCCCGUCGCUCAAGCAUAUCCAGGACUCCUUCGCCGGCGUCCCGCCAAACUCACCCUCGCCCUGCGCGCCCUUCCCCUCCUGACUGCGUUUGCCGGGUUCACGCUGUACAAGCAGGCUCCGUUUGCCGAGGAUGGCGUGCGCAUCCACAAGUCGGUGGCUAGCGUCACGGGACGUAUUAUUGUCGGCGACAACGUUGCCGACGGAUACCGUUUCCUGCGUAACGACAAGACUCUCAUCGGCGGUAUGUGGAUGCACGACAACGGUGACCCGACUGGCCUCAGCGCCGAGCUCGGCGACAGCGUCUUCACUGCUAUGACGUUGCAGGAGGUGUGUCUCCUCGCUCGUGCCCCGGUCAAGAACGACAAGGUACUCGUUCUCGGACUCGGGGCUGGCAUCGGCGCGAGCUACUACCACGGACGUGGGCUGGACGUCACGGCGGUGGAGGUUGAUCCGGCCGUCGUUGCGGCCGCCAAGGACUACUUCGACCUCCCCGACGUCAAGGUCGAGGUCGAGGACGCCGCGAUGUAUGUCCACAACGCUGACGAGAGCACCAAGUACGCGUACCUCAUCCACGACGUCUUCAGCGCAAACGGCAUGCCCACCUACCUCUUCACGAAGGAGUUCUGGGCCGAGGCCAAGUCUCUCCUUACCUCGGACGGCUUGGUUGUGGUCAACGUCGCCGGGCCCGUCAAUGGUCCCCUGACCCGGCGGAUUGUCGCUACUUUGGUCAGCGAGAUUCCCAACUGCCGCGCAUUCACCGACAUUUUUAGGCCCGGCGUCUAUGUCAGCAAAGUCAAGAAUUUUGUCUUUAUUUGCUCGACCGCUGGGAUGCCAGAGUUCCGCCAGGCAACCAAGGCCGACACGCUGGGCUCGCCCCUCCGCGAACAGGUUUAUGGCCAGAACCGGUUCGAGAAGAACGAAGUGGCAAUUUCCGAGUUCCUCAAGACUCAGAAUGAGGCCGAGUUGGAGGAAGAUGUGAUUCUCCGCCGCGGGGAGAAGAGGGACGGUAAAUGGGACCUCGAACUUGCUCAUGACGUGUGGUACAAUUUGCGUAGCCUCAUGAGCCCCCAGCUGUGGGUCGCGUACUAG